AUGGCUACAGCACAACGCAAAAUCAAAGCAGUCUUCUUCGACUUCAUGGGCACCUGCCUCGACUGGCACAGUAGCGUGGUAGCAUCAUGCCCUCCCACGAUCGCCAAGGAAGAUGCUUCUAAAUUAGCCCUUGAAUGGCGCAGACUAUACUUCAUCGAGAUUAACAAGCGGUUCCGACAAAAUCUUGAGCCUGAAGACAUCGACCAAACGCUUUCCCGUGUCCUAAGCCUUGUUCUCGAACAAUUUCCAGACCUAGGACCUCAUUUUGACUCUGACGUCACGCAACAAUUAAUUGCAGCGUGGCAUGCCCAGCCAGCUUGGCCAGAGGUCCGAAAGGCAAUCCAGAGUAUCCAGGAAGAUCUUGGUCUUGAGGUUUUCGUUCACGCGAAUGGCACGACUCGUCUCCAACUUGAUCUCACUCGCUCUUCGGGAUUAAGCUUCAAUAUGAUGUUUUCAAGUCAGUUGCUGGGUGUGUACAAGCCUAGCCCUGAGGCGUACAAGAAAGCCUUGCAGCUUGUCAAGCUUCAGCCGGAGGAAGUAGUUCUGGUCGCAGCGCAUGCAUAUGACCUGCGCGGAGCCCAGAAUGUUGGAAUGAAGACAAUCUAUGUUCAUCGCUGGACUGAUGAUGUUGACGAAGACAUGCUGAAGGUGAAGAAUGAAUUUGGCGUGUUUUUGGAGAACAUGGAAGGCCUGCCUGCUGCAAUUGCGAGCAUGUUGUAA